GGAUAAUGCAUCUGCCGCUCGCUUCCUCAGUUCGCCUCAAUACACUAGCGUGGGGUUGGCGCGAGGUGCAUAAAAAUUUGAACGCACCUUCGAUGAGCUCCGGCCAAUCCCUUUCCGCUCCUCUGAUCAGCCAUGCUUCAGCUUCCUGACAUGCGCAUUCCCGAUAACCGUGACACGCAGCUCGUCCUCGGGGCUGCGGCUUGUGUUGGGGUAAUAGGAGUGAUGGUCCGGGCCUACCUUCGUAAAUCAGACAGUGGUCUUCCUCUCCCACCUUCUCCUCCCACUUGGAGACUUCGAGGACACUUGCUACCCGCUUACAACACAUCUCUCACUGUCGCACGGUGGAUUGACGAGUAUGGCCCUGUGAUUACUAUUCGUUCAGGAACCCAGAAUAUCGUGAUUAUCGGCCGCCACAAAGCCGCGGUGGAUAUUAUGGAGAAGCAGGGAGGGCUGCUAGCUGAUCGACCUCGCCGUGCUGCUGCAGAAAUCCUUACCCACGGACUGGUCGUCGGUUUGUCAUCCGCUGGGGACAGACUCCGUCGGAAGCGCAGAGCACUUCAUACGCAUCUCCAGUCCAAAGCAGCUGAGGCGUAUGAGCCUCUGCAGAUGUCACAUGCGAAGAACCUUGUUCUCAACAUUCUUGACGAUCCAUGCAACUUCCAGAACCAUGCGGCAACUUGUUCUGCGGCGACGAUCAUGAAGGUUGCUUAUGGGAAGACUACGUCCACGUCCGCAAGUGAUCCCGAGAUCAGAGAGGCUCGCCAGCUCAUCAAGAGAAUUCGUUUUGUCAUGCACCCUGGUGCUUACUUGGUGGACUUGAUACCGUGGCUCAAAUACCUUCCUUGGUAUGCGCCAGAAUUAAAAGACGAGUUCGAGAGGACCAAGCGACUCUACACCGACCAACUGAACCGUGUGAGACAGCAAAUGCAAGGCAAUGUGGACAUCGGUCCUUCGUUUGCAAAACAUAUGCUAGAAAAAGAACAACUCUAUGGCUUGACAGAGACUGAGAUGGCGUAUGUUGCUGGCGCCUUAUUUGGAGCUGGAACCGAAAUGACCGCUAUGGCAAUAUGCACGGUGCUAAUGGCAGCUGCGCAUUUCCCUGAAGAGCAAGCUAAAGUCCAGGAGGAGCUUGAUGUAGUCAUCGGAAGGAAACGAGGUACUAAGCUCUAUUUUUCAUCGCAGUUGUGUCAAUUGAAUGAUUUCCCUGCCGAAGCACCGACCUUUGCCGACAAACAAUCCCUUCCUCAUCUGGAGGCCUUCAUAAUUGAGGCUUUGAGGUGGAGACCGUUGGAUGGAUUGCCUCACCGAACGACCGCAGAUGUGAUUUGGGAAAACUAUUGCAUUCCCGUCGGAACUACGGUAAUCGGCAACAUCUGGGCCAUCUCUCGUGAUCCAGAAGUCUUCCCUGAGCCUAAUGCAUUCAAGCCUCAGCGCUGGAUUAACGAGCAAGGUCGCGUAAGAGACGAUCUAACAUUCUUUGUGUAUGGGUUUGGUCGGCGCGUAUGCCCAGGCCUACAUCUUGCGAACAGAUCGCUGUUCAUAAAUUUGCUUCUCAUGCUUUGGGCCUUCCAGAUCAGUCUAGAUCCUACGAAGCCGCAGGAUGACAUGGGUUUUAUGAACGAGGCGAUGCCAAAUGUUCCAUGUGCUCUCGAAUUUAAGACAAGGGUUCCAGAAGUCGAGCUCAGAUAUAUGAUGGAGGAUUGACCUGAGGCUGGGUGAGAAGCCUUGACGUUGAAUCGGAUCGCCACUUAGGAGGGAACGAAGAACCAAUUGGGAAUCUCUAGGACAUUCAUCACCAGCUGAUUCCGAGUCGCAAUAUAGUCAACUACGUUGCGUAUCUCUUGCUUGUAUUCGGAGAUCCAGUUUUACUGCGCACUGAUGACAAUUAGUAUUCUGUCGAUGUUAUUUUUUGAAGGAAUGCACUCCCUGACGUCCGGUCAUUGAGUACUUGGAUAAUGUUCAUGUAUAUAUAUUGUUUCAUUUCCCUCGAAGGUCC